UUCAGCUUCUGGAAGCAUCCAUCAUGUUCGCCCACGGCGGCCACCAGCCUCCGCCGCACGACCAGACGCUGUUCAAGAUCUUCUGCCGCGCCGACGAGGGCUACUGCGUCACCGUGCGCCGCGACGCCGUCGUGCUCGCGCCCACCAACCCCCGCGACGAGUUCCAGCACUGGUACAAGGACAUGAGGCACAGCACCAAGGUGAAGGACGAGGAGGGCCACCCGGCGUUCGCGCUCGUCAACAAGGCCACCGGCCUCGCCAUCAAGCACUCGCUCGGCCAGUCGCAUCCCGUGAAGCUGGUGCCCUACAACCCGGACUACCAGGACGAGUCCGUGCUGUGGACGGAGAGCAAGGACGUCGGCAAGGGCUUCCGCUGCAUCCGCAUGGUCAACAACAUCUACCUCAACUUCGACGCCUUCCACGGCGACAAGGACCACGGCGGCGUCCGCGACGGCACCACCGUCGUGCUCUGGGAGUGGUGCAAGGGCCACAACCAGAGCUGGAAGAUCCUGCCCUGGGGCGACGAGGCCUACGCGCCGCCGCAGCAACCGGCGUACGGCUACCCGGGAGGCAGCCAGCCGGGGGCAUACCCGCCGCCGCCCGCCCACCAGGAGCCCGGCUACGGGUACGGGUACCGUCCCCCGCCGGGCGGCCCUGGGGGCUACGCGCCGCCUCCGCCGCACCACCACCAGGAGCCUGGCUACGGCGGCUACCGCCCCCCGCCGCCGAGCAACGCCCCGGGGUACAGCAACCUGCCCCGUGCGCUGGCGUCAGAGGCCACGGUGCGCGUCUACUGCAAGGCCGACGAGGGGUACAGCCUGACGGUGAGGAACGGGACCGUGUGCCUUGCGCCAACCAACCCAAGGGAUGACUUCCAGUACUGGGUGAAGGACAUGAGGCACAGCGCUAGCAUCAAGGACGAGGAAGGCUACCCGGCCUUCGCGCUGGUGAACAAGGUGACCGGCGAAGCCAUCAAGCACUCCCUGGGGCAGAGCCACCCGGUGAAGCUGGUGCCCUACAACUACAACCCUGAGGAGGAGGACGCGUCGGUGCUGUGGACGGAGAGCCGCGACGUGGGCAAUGGCUUCCGCUGCAUCCGCAUGGUGAACAACAUCUACCUCAACUUGGACGCCUUCCAUGGCGACAAGGCCCACGGCGGCGUCCGCGACGGCACCACCGUCGUGCUCUGGGAGUGGGCCAAGGGAGACAACCAGCGCUGGAAGAUCGUGCCAUGGUAUGGUGACCCAACCCCUCAUGCAGCUGACCGGCGGGAAGAUUCUUAUCAGCGCCUCUCCUCGCACCCAACCAUCACCUCUCGAGCUCAUCACAGCAGCACAUCGCACAGCGCACUCUCUCUCCAGUCCCCCCCCCCCCCCCCUGCGGGCACGAAGAGAUCGAACAUGUCGUGGUUCGGGCACCACCACCACAACCAGCCGGCUCCCCCGGCGUCGGGCCCCAACCAGGUGUUCAAGAUCUUCUGCCGCGCCAAUGAGAACUACUGCCUCGCCGUCCGCGACGGCGCCGUCGUGCUCGCCCCGGCCAACCCCAAGGACGUCCACCAGCACUGGUACAAGGACAUGCGCUUCAGCACCAGGGUCAAGGACCAGGAGGGCAUGCCGGCCUUCGCGCUCGUCAACAAGGCCACCGGACUCGCCAUCAAGCACUCGCUCGGCCAGUCCCACCCGGUGAAGCUGGCGCCGUUCAACCCUGAGGAGGAGGAGGCGUCGGUGCUGUGGACGGAGAGCAAGGACGUCGGCAAGGGCUUCCGCUGCAUCCGCAUGGUGAACAACACCCGCCUCGGCUUCGACGCCUUCCACGGCGACAAGGACCACGGCGGCGUGCACGACGGCACCACCGUCGUGCUCUGGGAGUUUUGCAAGGGCGAGAACCAGAGCUGGAAGAUCCUGCCCUGGGGCCCCGAGGCGGACUCCCCCGCGGCGGGGCCCGGCAACGCGUCCUUGGGCGGCGUCCCCGUGCACACCGUGCGCGUCUUCUGCAAGGCCGGCGAGGCCGACUACAGCCUGACGGCGCGCAACGGCACCGCGUGCCUGGCGCCCAGCAACCCCCAUGACGAGUACCAGCACUGGAUCAAGGACAUGAGGCACGGCAACCGGGUGAGGGACGAGGAGGGGUACCCGGCCUUCGCGCUCGUCAACAAGGUCACCGGCGAGGCCAUCAAGCACUCCGCCGGCCAGGGCCACCCGGUGAAGCUGGUGCCCUACAACCCGGACUACCAGGACGAGUCCGUGCUGUGGACGGAGAGCCGCGACGUCGGCAACGGCUUCCGCUGCGUGCGCAUGGUGAACAACAUCUACCUCAACUUCGACGCGUUCCACGGCGACAAGGCACACGGCGGCGUCCACGACGGCACCGAGAUCGUGCUCUGGAAGUGGUGCGAGGGCGACAACCAGCGCUGGAAGAUCCUCCCCUGGUAGAUGGUGACGGAGGAACUUUCUGGAUUGAAAGGAGCUGCUACCUUACCUGCCUAAUAAGAACAGAAGAGAUUUCUGCAAUAAAACCGUGUGCCAUGUUUCAGAGUGGUAUUUGCGUCAGACCGUCAGUCACGGUGUGACUAGCUAGUGGCCUGUCCCUUUUGUGAGCCUGGUCUUACCAUGUGAGGAGUAGUAGGCAGGGCAUUGUGAUGUAGUAAUCCUUGUGGCUACCCUUCUUUCGAUUUCCGGCGCCUGCACUCCGAACUAUGUAUCGUCGUCUCAUUUGUCAUCUGUUCAUCUACUUUCUUCUACUGAAUGGAUGAUCUCGCUUUGCUUACA